CUCACACAAAGUCGUCCUCCCACCAACAACACAUGCUCCAUCCUCUCGGUUCAACUGGUGCAUGUUCAAGGUGCAGGCCUGGGGGAAUCAAACCAUCAACAAUACAAGUCUAACCAGGCUGGCUUACAGCACUAACCACAUCAGUGUUGCCGACACUACGGACGUUCAUCAGAGCCAAUCACUGAAGAAGCUAAGGAAACAAACCUCACCUGGCUGCAUGCAGACCACUCACUCUAGUUGAAGAAGCAGGUUGGGCAGCAAAAUGACACGUCUUCUGAGUCUUCUCUGUAUCUUGUGCCUGGUUGGGCCAGUUCUCAGCCAGGACAUGCCUUAUGAGGAAUUUAUAGCCCAGAUGCAAGCCUGCCCCAAAGAGUGUCGCUGCCCCCCAAACUUCCCUCGUGCUGUCUACUGUGACAAUAAAGGCCUGAAAAGCAUCCCCCCAAUCCCCCCACACACAUGGUAUCUCUACCUGCAAAAUAAUCUAAUUGAAAGGCUGUCAGCAGAUGCUCUGCGUAAUGCCACAUCGUUGCGCUGGCUCAACCUAAACCGCAACAAAAUCACUGAUGAGGGAAUGGAAGAAGGUGUCCUGAAUGCAAUGUCUCAACUGGCACACCUCUACAUAGAUGACAACCUAUUGUCUUCUGUACCAUCUCCACUGCCAGCCAGUCUAGAGCAUCUACGUCUCUCUCGUAAUCGCAUCUCCAAGAUCCCUGCUGGUGUCUUCAUUGGUCUGGACAAGCUUAACCUCUUGGACCUCCAGGCUAACAAGCUGAUGGAUGAUGCUGUGACUGAGGUGAGCCUGAAGGGUCUUAACAACCUGGUACAAAUCAAUCUAGCCAAGAACCAGCUGAGUAGCAUGCCUCUUGGCUUACCACCCACCACUACCCAGCUUUUCCUUGAUGGCAACAACAUUGAGAAGAUCCCGGCUGGAUACUUCAAAGGUUUGCCAAAAGUGGCAUUUCUGAGGCUCAACCACAACAAGCUGGGCAGCAGUGGGGUUCCCAAAAAUGUGUUUAAUGUCUCCAGCAUUUUGGACUUGCAGCUGUCCCAUAACCAGCUGACUGAGGUUCCCCUCAUUCCCUCUGGCCUUGAGCACCUUCACCUCGACCACAACAAUAUAAAAAGUGUAGAUGGCUCCAAUGUCUGUCCUGUCGCCAUUGACACUGUGGAUGACUCCAUCAACGAAAGUAUUCCUCGACUGCGAUACCUCUCGCAUGGCCAGAGAUCCCAACACCUCAGACUGGAUGGCAAUGAGAUUAAGCCACCAAUUCCCAGGGAUGUCAUUCUCUGCUUCCGUCUCCUGAGGUCCAUUGUCAUCUAAAAAAAAGAAAAAGGAAAAAAAAAGAUUUCUGAGAAAUGAAAUGUGCGAGUCCAAGCAUGUAAUAGUUGCAUGUUUGUGACGCUAGUUGGCAUAAACUUGGGGUUAUUUUGCCGGGACUUUGGUGAAGGUUCCUUUCCAGUUCCAGUAAACAUUUUUCAGUUUUUUUCAGUGGUAUUUUAAUAAAAGUUAAAAGUACAAGAAGUGAACAAAAAGUGACAAGGAGCUGGUGGGUUAGAGGAUUUACUGAGGCUGUAGUCUGUUGACCACUAGUUGUGCCUUAUGUUGGUAUGCAUGAAUCUGCAAUUCAGAAUAAAUAUGUGAUUAUAAUUUAGCAUGAUAGUGAUUUAAAUUGAUAGGAGAAAUAUGUAUUUAUGGCAUGUGGAGAUUUUUCAGGACUUGUUGUCAUUAUGCUUCUUUGAGCAAGAGGGAUAGCUUAUCAAUGAAUAGGAAAAAUAUCACUUUUCUUUUUUUUUUUUUCUAUUGUUUCAAGAAAACCUUUUCUUUAUAUUUGUAGACUUGAAGCCAAAUUAUUGGUCGUGUGUUCUAGGUUUGUGGUCUUAUUUACUUUUUUUAUUCUCUAUUCUACAAAUUACUGUAGAUAAUUUAUUUUUAUUUAAUACUGGAGAAAUAGAAGUAGAAAGCUUACAGUCCUGUAAAUAUUUAUGGCCAAAAUUCAUAAAUAUUUUGUAUAAAAAAAGAAAUGUGGUAAAUGUUUUUAAAAAAUGCCAACACAAUUUUUAAUUCUGGUCAUUAUUUUUCUGAAUAAACUGAGCAAGAGAUUUCACUUGAAUUGUCUUCAGUUUGAAUAAAACUUCUGAAAAUGAACAUAUGCCCCGGUGUUAUUUUGUCUUUUUUAAUGACUCUUACAUUUUAACAUUUGCCACAAGUAAUAAUGACAAUAAUUGUGGUAGCCUGCAAUUUGCAUUUGCGAUAAGAUUUUCAAUCAGGCAUUUAAAUGAGGGAGGUUUUUUAAACCAAAUUCUGUUCAGGAUGUAUUGGAUAAUAACUAUCGAGAAAUCAUUAGGAAGUGAACAUACAGUCCAACAUCAUCCAUGUAACAUCUUUAAGUCUCUUUAAUGACUUAUUCAUGCACUUUUGAGCUAUAUGUUACAUUACCACCAGGGAUUAGUGUUUCCCACUCCCAGUUAGACACCUGAAGUACACAUUCUGAAAGCUCUAUUUUCACAAUGUGAGAAUAGUGUUUUCAUUACACCGUGCAAAAACAAAAAAUUUGAACUGAGUGAAUCAAUUUAAUAUAUGUCCAGCUCUAGCACAAACAUAAUCCAUGUUUCUGCUAGCAUAAAAUUUCCAUCUCACUGUCGAUUACUUUAUGAAUGCUUCCACAGAGUGGACUGGCUCUGCAGGAACACUCCGGCUCCUUACAAUGCACUCAGGCAUAUAUUGCACACAUCAGUCUUUGUGUCAAGGUAUUUUGGGCAAAAUUUUAUUCAGUCCUUUUGAGAAUGCUUGGCUGGUAGAAGAAAAGCCCUGAAUAUAAAUCCCAGCUUAUAUGGCAGGUGCAGAAGGAUGUCUGGCAUUCCCACCAUGUCCUUUUCCCUUCACUCAUCAAAAGCUCUAGAGUUACCAUCGAAGUGAGAGAGAGAGAAAGGUGGCCAGGUUGAGAGAAAAUCAAAUAAAGCUGACAGAGUAUGUCCUAUAUUUACUUUUGACAAUGCACACUGAAGACAGUUCAUGAGUGUAUGUAGCAUCUCUUAGACACCUACAUCAGUACAGAACUGCAAAAGAACCUCUUAGAUCUCUUCUGUUUGUCUCUGACAACCAGAUCAGCUCAUUCUCCACCUGGUCAGGGUGUUAUGGUAUUCUGCAACUGAACGCAGAUCUUAGAUAAGGCAGAACAUUUCGGAUGGGACAGUGCAAAGAGAAAGCAGCUUGAACCAAAAGGGAGGGCAGAGGCCUUCUUCCAAGCGAGGACUUCCUCUCAGCACCAUGCUAACAGGGGCUCCUCACAGAGGUCCCAUUGUGUACAAGGCCCCGUAGAUCCCCCCCAUACAUGAAAGCAACACAUGCCAGGGUUUCACCUCAGGAAAAGGCGGACAAAUA